UGUGGGGUCUGGGGAGACCAGAUAUAGUGAAUGCGGGGUCCGGGGAGAACAGAUAUAGUGAAUGCAGGGUUCGGGGAGAGCAGAUAUAGUGAAUGCGGGGUCCGGGGGAGACCAGAUAUAGUGAAUGCAGGGUCGGGGAGAGCAGAUAUAGUGAAUGCAGGGUCCGGGAGAGCGGAUAUAUAUGAAUGCGGGGUCCGGGGAGAGCGGAUAUAGUGAAUGCAGGGUCCGAGGAGAGCGGAUAUAGUGAAUGCGGGGUCCAGGGGGAUGAGAUAUAGUGAAUGCAGGGUUCGAGGAGAGCGGAUAUAGUGAAUGCGGGGUCCGAAGAGAGCGGAUAUAGUGAAUGCAGGGUCUGAGGA